GCAAGUGCGAGUCACCCCGCAGAGUCCGUCCGGCGUCCGAGGGCGUUGGGGAGAAGGCCGGCAGUGGCGCGCCUGCCUCCCGCGGGUUUUCGACGCCAGCGCCGGCGGCUGGUGUGUGCCGGCUUUGGGAAAGGCUCUUCCCUUUGGCUGCCCAGCCAGCCACCCCCGCCCACACACACUGGCUGCCUCACACGCACUUCGCUUUUCCAGCCGGCGGCCAGGCAGUGCUGCUGGGACUUCCUCUCCGGAGAAAGUGCGCGGAGACUGCCCUGGCCCUUCGGGUCGCCCUUCUCAGCCUGCCGCCGCCCCUCGGCCGAAGCUGCCUCCCCUCCCCAGCCCGUUCAGGUCCCAAGAAGGACAGAGACUCUGCCGGCGGGUAGGUGCUGCCAGCUGGGGGCUGGAGCCGUCAUGUGACCAGGUCGGGCUACAGAGGAUCCCCCCACGCCUCCGCCUCUGCACCAUGAGUGAACUGGAGGCUGGGCAGCAUCUACAGCGGGGGCGACAGGUAGAGUUCAAGCUGCUGCUCAGCCUCUUCUUCUACCUGUGUCUGGUCUGCACCAAAGAGAUCGCUGCGCUGGCAGACUUCUCCGGUUACUUAACCAAACUUCUGCAAAAUCACACUGUGUAUGCCUGCGAUGGUGAUCAUUUGAGUCUGCAGUGUCCUCGACAUUCAACAAUAAGUAUCCAGUCAGCAUAUUAUGGGCAAGCUUACCAAAUGUGUAAUGCACAGCAGCCUGAAGCCAUGAUGAAAGCACCUUUAAACUGUGUUGCAUCUACUACCUUGCAGAAAGUGCUGGAUGAAUGCCAGGACCUGCGAUCAUGCCAUCUUCUUGUGAAUAGUUGGGUUUUUGGACCAGAACUAUGUCCAGGAGUCACUAAAUACCUCCUAGUCUCCUUUAAAUGCAAACCUACUGAAUAUAAAAGCAGUUCAGUAUGCGAAAAUGAAGAACUGAAGCUCCACUGUAAAGAAUCAAAAUUCCUUAACAUAUAUUCUGCAUCAUAUGGCAGGUCUGUGCACGAAAAGGAUGUCUGUUCCUCAGAAGUAGGACAUCUCCCGCAGUUUGAUUGCUUUUCUUAUACAGCUUUAGAGGUAUUAUCAAAGAAGUGUUAUGGGAAACAGAGGUGUAAAAUUAUUGCUAACAGUCAUAAUUUUGGAAAACCAUGCCUGCCUGGUGUGAAGAAAUAUCUCAAUGUCAGCUAUGCAUGUGUUCCAAAAUUCAUAUUUGCAGCAGUUGAUCCGAUGGUUACUAAUGUAAAUCUUUCUUGGAAGCCAAAAGAAGAUAUAAAUGUUGACCCAAGAGAAUCAAGAUUCCCCCCCCAAAAUGGAAUUAUAAUUAGCAACAGUUUGGCUACACUUGCCUACAUUAAAGAUCACCUUGAAAGAGCUGCUCUCUUGUUUGUAUCUAGCGUUUGCAUUGGCCUAGUGCUCACGCUUUGUGCUCUGGUGAUAUGUGUGUCAUGCACUAAUGACUUUGAAAAACCGCAGCAGAUGAAGGAAUGCUUGGUGCCUGAGAACAUCAAGGCUGGUGACAAUAAUGAGGAGGAGGAAGAGGAAGAGGAGGGAGAGGAAUCUUCCAGUUCAGACUUUCCUGAUGGACUAACAGGGUUCUGCAGGACAUCUUACUCAGCUGGUUGUUCUCUGGACUCAGCUGAACUUGCUGAAAGGAUAGAGCGGCGAGAACAGAUCAUCCAGGAAAUCUGGAUGAAUAGUGGUUUGGAUUCCUUGCCAACUAGGAGCCUCAGUCCAUUUUAUAUUAAUGAACAGCAAUGUGUUUAUUUUGGAUAGCACUUGCUAAUUUUUAGAAGAAUGUACCUUCUGUGAAGGAGCAUUUACAACUCUAUAUAAUAAUUAUUUGCAAAGAACACUAUAUUGUUAAUUAUAAUAAAAGACUUUUAAAUACA